UGAUGCUCCAGAAGCAGAUGCCUGUGUGGGUCUCCCACUACCCGCCAGACUCAUGCCAAGAGGAUGGGGACAGGCCCGCGGCCACCUGUGCAUUGGAGGAGGGGCUGUCUCCAUGCCACCUGCUGACAGUGAGGGUCAUCCGCAUGAAGAACGUCCGACAGGCUGACGUGGUGAGCCUGACAGACUGCUUUGUGAGCCUUUGGCUGCCCACCGCCAGUCAAAAGAGGCUGAGGACUAGGACCAUCUCCAACUGCCGAAACCCAGAAUGGAAUGAAACCUUCAGCUUCCAGAUCCAGAGCCAAGUGAAGAACGUUCUGGAGCUGAGCGUCUGUGAUGAAGACACAGUGACACCAGAUGACCAUCUCUUGACAGUUCUCUAUGACCUCACCAAGCUCUGCUUCCGAAAGAAAACCCACGUGAAGUUCCCGCUCAACACAGAGGGCAUGGAGGAGCUGGAAGUGGAGUUCCUGCUGGAGGAGAGCCCCUCUCCACCUGAGAACCUCAUCACGAACGGCGUGCUGGUGUCUCGACAAAUGUCCUGCCUGGAGGUUUGUGCAGAAUCCAGGAGGCCAAAGAAGAGGAAAAAGAAGGACCUCCUGGUGACAGUGACGGAGUCCUUCGAGCACACCCAGCGUGUCUCACCCUGCCUGGAGUCCUGCUGCUCAAACCCUGCCUGCUUCCAAUACCCCAAAUACUUCCAGCCCGAGGUGCACGUGGAGUUGCCCAAGAGCCCGUGGAUCUGUGAGCUUUGCUGCUGUGCGGGCCAGAAGGGCCCUGUGUGCCAGUCCCUCCAUUGCCUCCCCGACGGCCAGGCGGUGACCUUGCCUGUGAAUGAGAACUGUGAAUUACACAUGAAGUCUACACCCUGUUCCCAGGCGUUGGACGUGCGGCUGGGCUUCAGCCUGUGCCAGGCAGAACUGGAGUUCCUGCAGAAACGGAGGGUGGUGGUGGCCCAGGCGCUGAAGGAGGUGCUGCAGCUGGAGGAGGACCUGCGGGCAGAUGAGGUCCCGCUGAUAGCCAUCAUGGCCACUGGAGGUGGAACAAGAUCUAUGACCGCCAUGUAUGGCCACCUGCUGGCACUGCAGAAGCUGAACAUCCUGAACUGUGCCAGCUAUAUCACCGGCCUGUCUGGGGCCACCUGGACCAUGGCCACCUUGUACCGUGACCCUGACUGGUCCUCCAAAAGCCUGGAGCGCGCCAUCCUCGAGGCACGGAGGCACGUGGUCAAGGACAAGAUGCCUGCCCUGUUUCCAGACCAGCUCCUCAAAUUCCAGGAGGAGCUCCAGCAGCGCAGGCAGGAAGGCUACAAGGUCACCUUCACAGACUUCUGGGGCCUGCUGAUUGAGGCCUGUCUGGGGGAUGAGAGAAAUGAAUGCAAACUGUCAGAUCAGCGUGCUGCUUUGUGCCAGGGCCAGAACCCCCUGCCCAUCUACCUCACCAUCAAUGUCAAGGAUGAUGUAAGCAACCAGGAUUUCAGAGAGUGGUUCGAGUUCUCCCCCUACGAGGUGGGCAUGCAGAAGUAUGGAGCCUUCAUCCCCACAGAGCUCUUCGGCUCCGAGUUCUUCAUGGGGCGGCUGAGGAAGAGAAUCCCAGAGUCGCGGAUGUGCUACAUGCUAGGUUUGUGGAGUAGCAUCUUCUCCCUGAACCUGCUUGACGCCUGGAACCUAUCCCACACCUCGGAGGAGUUUUUCCACCAGUGGACAAGGGAUAGAGUGCAUGAUAUUGAAGACGAGCCACUCCUGCCUGAAAUCCCCAAAUGUGAUGCCAACGUCCUGGACACCACAGUGGUGACGCCAGCAUCCUGGCUGUCCAACACUUUCCGCGACAUCCUCACCCACAGGGCCUUUGUCUCCAAGUUCCACAAUUUCCUGCUGGGGCUGCAGCUGCACACUGACUACCUCCAGAACAGCCAGUUCUCCAUGUGGAAAGACACGGUGCUGGACAGCUUCCCAAACCAGCUGACAGGAUCUGUGAAACACUUGUGCCUGUUGGACACCGCAUUCUUUGUCAACUCCAGCUACGCACCCCUCCUCAGGCCUGAGAGAAAAGCUGACCUCAUCAUCCACCUUAAUUACUGUGCUGGGUCCCAGACAAAGCCCAUGAAGCAAACCUGCGAGUACUGCGCCGUGCAGAACAUCCCCUUCCUCAAAUACGAGCUGCAAAAGGAGGAGGAUAACCUCAAGGAGUGCUACCUGCUGGAGAACGCCCAGGAGCCCGACACCCCCAUCGUGACCUUUUUCCCACUCAUCUGCGACACUUUCCAAAAUUACAAGGCCCCAGGUGUGGAACGAAGCCCCGAGGAGCUGGAGCAGGGCCAGGUUGACAUCUACGGUCCCAAAACUCCCUAUGCCACCAAGGAGCUGACAUACACUGAGGCCGCCUUCGACAAGCUGGUGAAGCUUUCCGAGUAUAACAUCCUGAAUAACAAGGACAAGCUCCUUCAGGCCUUGCGACUGGCGGUAGAGAGGAAACGCCAGAAGAGCCCGUGUCCCCUCUAAAGUCCCAGGGCACCUCACCGAUCCUGUGUCUGCUUCUACCAUCAGAGGUGUAGAACCCACCAGGGCUGACCAGCCACACAGCCAGCUCUGCUGUCUAGCCUGGCUGGCCUGGGCUUUCUAUCAAAAGAAUUAACAUUAGAAAGGAGAGUUGAGAGAGACAGAGAUAAAGGAACAUAAUAAAGGGAUGUAUGGGGGCCUUAUAUCCACUGGAAUUUUUUAAAACCUUCCCUGCAGGGAAGGGGUUCCAAAAGCCACAGGCACCCACAUAUGCCUAAAGAAUGGAUAAUAAUAGCAUGGGCUUUAACCUCUGCACCACCAGGGAAGCCCCAAUAAUAGCAUGACCUGACUUUAUAUAAGAGGCUGGUUGCCCAGUAAUCUCGAGCUCACAGCAGGAACUCAAAACCCUCCCCUCACUACACCACUCUGCUUGGGGAAUGCACCAGAGGACUUGAGAAGCAUUCUGAGUUCUCUGGGAAAAAAAAAAAAAUUUUUUUAAGUGAAGGCAAUUGUAUUCUUGUGAUUUUCAUAGACAAUUGUAUUGUGUGACUUAUUUUUAUGAAGCCUCGUAUUAAUAGGAAGUGUAACGCUUGAAGAUCUAGAUGGAGCGCUAGAGACAUUCUGGUCUGUUUGGCAACAAACACGAAAAACUGAUGGGGUUUCAGCAGCCCCUCUGCAGCUACUCAGAGCCCCAGGACUGAUGAGUCACCCUGUGAUCUGGACUGGGCAGCCUUGCUGAGCAACCAGCUCCGGUGUUAUGCCACGCAAAGUCCAUGUCUGUAGCUCAGGUCCACGGAACAAGGAUCUGGGAUACAGCUCAGUGAGGUCUGGGCAGGUGCCUCAAGCAUCAGGUGAGUGCAGCCGCCACUCGCUGACCAGCCUGCCCCUGAGCAUGUCCCCUUCCUCUUACCACCUCCUGUCUGGUUCCCAGAUGGGAUCGUUUAUUUCUGAGCUGCAUUCGUCUUAUUUAUCAUGUAAGCACUAUGGCCAGUGCGUUCCAGCUCUUGAAGAGACACUCUGAGAUAACAGCACUAGAAAGGAUCGACCCAGAAAGGACCAGGUUAACCCUGAGGAAAACUCUCAUCCUUGGAGUUGGUUUCCAGAUGAAUCACUGGCAAAGCCCCGGGACACAGAAGCUCAAAAGUAUCCAGGUCUCCAAUCAGGCCAGGAACUUAACUGAAGAAAUGCAUAACCUGAGCCACUGAGAAGCCGGGGCAAUGGGAGAUGUGACCAGAAAGGCGUGUGGCCCUCAUGAAGCCCAGCACAUCUGGAAGACACGGCCACUGUGCUCCCUAAGCAGUCCUUUGGAUGUUAGGAGAUGCGUGGUGACAGGUGCCAAAAGUUUACCAAAAUUGUCCUCUGAUUUAUAUCCUUGCUACUCAAGGGGAACUGAUUAAAGAUGCAGAGUCUCAGGCCACACCCCAGCCAUACUGACUCAGAAUCUACAUUUAAGAUUUUUCACCUCUUCUUCCCUGCCUCCAGGUGAUACUUAUGCAUAUUGAAGUCUGUGAGGAGUGAAUUUAGCUGUACUCUCCCAUAAGCCAGAAAGCAUGAGUCCAUCACCUCCCCUGAGCCCUUGAUAAACUGGACCUGGUCCCCUCCAGAAAAUGCUGACUUAGGACCCCACCGUCUCCUCCAUCAGAGCAGCCAGCUGCCUCUACUCUGCCAUCUUUUCUUUCCGUCUGCCAAGACAGAUUCUCUUCAAAUUAUCAGAGUGAGCCAGAAGACCUGUGUUUAUCAAAAUACCUGUGUGUUUACUGUAAGGUGAAGGCAGCCCUGCCUUGGAUUCAUCAAAGUAUGUAAAGCAAGGUUUAUACAAUCAUUGUAUUAUUUGAACCUGGAAUAAACUGGCCAUGUGGGUGAAUGCAGUCAACUCACUGGCUUUCAUUUAUGAUGCUGCAAUCUAUGCAUAACUCCUGCCCUCAUCCCUUCCUGGGCUUCACACAUGUGCUGCCAGAGGCAUGAGAAAGCCAUGCCGGCCUUCCUGCCUUCCGGGGUCCCUCCUUUCUCGUGGUGGGGUGUCCCUCUGCUGUUAUGAAGCCGCAUCAGUGGCCAGCGGAGAACCAGCCCUUGCUGACAUGUGCUGUUUGAAGCUCAGAUGGUUUUCAUGAGGCACUGAUGGAGAGGAAAGAAGGGCAGCCGGCAUCAGCCGAGCACCUACCUGAUACACCGCAGUCUGUGAACAGCUUCUGCUUCCUAGAAAGUUAGAUUUGGGUUCAGGGGAAAAUGUGAAAACAUAGUUUAUGAUUUUUUUAUGUUGUCAACAGAUGUGAGAAGUUAAAUAGUGACUUAGCUUCUAAAAUGAUGCUGGUGAUGUCACGGAGCUGGAGAUAAGUAAGGACCACACAAGGGAUAAGGACAGUUCCGAGAGCGGUGAGGGCAUAGGGUCCUGGGGAGGACAAGGAGGCUCCCUCCUCAGGCUCCCUGCUCUCCACCUAUAACAAUUUUUUUUAAUUUUUAUUUUAUUUUUGGGUGCACUGGGUCUUCAUUGCUGUGCUCGGCUUUUCUCACUGUGGUGGCUUCUCUUGUUGUGGAGCACGGGCUCUAGUCACAUGGUCUCAGUAGUCGCGACUCAAUUUAAUAGAAAAAUUAAAUAAAACUCUUCUCUCCCCUAGUCUUCCCGAGAGCAGCCAUCACUCCACACUGCCAUGCAGCCCAGGCGUCCUGCCCCACAGAUGUUUUCUGCCCCUAUGUCCCCAUGAAAACACUUCUCCCCAAGGUCACCAAUGUCGUCAGAUAAUUGCCAGAUACACUGAGCCAAAAGGCACCGGCUCUUUACAGGCCUUAUCUUACUCGAUUGUUCUCCACAUUUGGCCCUGCAGACCACUCCCUCCUUCCUGAAACCCUCCCUUCCCGAGACUUCCUUGCCAACAGCAGUUCAGUUCAGUUCCGCUUGCAAAUAUUUAUUGCCUUCACAACAACGUGCCAGUCACUGCUGUAGGCACUGGGGGACAAUAAAAAGGAUGAACAAUUGACCCUGCACUUCAAGGAGCUUCCUUCUGGUCCUACGCAGGAGGCCUACACGGAAACAGGGGCUUGCAGUACGCAGAGGAAGUUCCAUGUGAGCUGUGUACACAAGGGGCACACAUCAGGGGCUGCCAACCCAGCCCUCGAGGAGAGGGGCCUAAUGUGCUGGACACCUUCUGCCCUGGACUUGUUCCCAUUUCAAACCCCUUCCCUGGCAUCCCCUCCCUUCUCUCCUUUAAGUGCUGAUAUUACUUGAGGCUCUCUCCUCAGUUCUGCCCCCUUAUCACUGUACCCUCCUUAAAGCAAUCUCAUCCACACCCAGAAUUUCUACUACUGCGUCUUUUUUGAAAACUCUCAAACCUUUAUUUCUAGCCAAGGUAAUGUCCUGAGUUCUUGAUUCAUGUAUUCAAAUUCUGUAUCAGUUAGCAUAGCUUUUGCUACAUAAUCAAAAAGAUCUAAGGAGGCUUAAAGAUCUAAAGAUCUAAAAGAUCUCUAUUUCUAAUCAGGGACCCAGGCUCCUUUCAGCUGUUGCUUCUGCCUUCCUCAAGUUUUCCUUCCAUAUGGUAGUUUCCAAUAUGGCUGUUGCACCUCUACGCACAUUCUAGGCAGCAGAAAGGAUAAAGGGGUCAGAGCAUAUAUCAUGUCGCAUAUUUUCAGGUUUCAUCCAGAUUGUGGCUUGUGACAGAUUUCUUUCCUUUUUUAAAGCUGAAUAACAUUUCAUUGUAUGUAUAUAUACACAUUUUGUUUAAAUGUUUAUCCAUUCAUCUAUCAAUCGACACUUAGGUUGCUUUAACCUCUUGACUAUUGUGAGUGGAGCUGCUAUAAACGUGAAUGUGCAAAUAUCUCCUAGAAACCCUACCUUCAGUUCCUUUGGAUAUAUACCCAGAAAUAGGAUUGGAUACUAUGGUAGUUCUAUCUUUAUUGGAAGAACUGCCAUCCUGUGUUCCAUAGCAGUUGCAUGGAUUCCCUUCUGUCAUCUGCUUUUUUCCACUUAAAAAUAUAUUCUGAGCAUUUUCUCAGGUGUUUAAUACUCUUCUCAUAUAACACGAUUUUCAGAGACUACAUAGGAAUCCAUCAUCUGCUUAACUAGUCUUUUCAUGGGAGAACAACUAGUCACAGCUUUUCACUGUUAUAAUGAUAUGCUGUUAGACAUUCCUUAGAUAAAGCUUUAUAUUCAUUAUUCCUUCAGGAUAAAAUUCCUGAGAAGUGUGAGCAUUUCUAACAAUUAGGAAAGGUACAAUUGACAUAUCAUAGACUGUGCAUAAUUAAAGUACACAAUUUGAUGAGUUUCAGCAGAGGUGUACAACUGUGAACCAUCACAACAGUGAAGGUAAUGAGUAAACCCUUCACCCCAACAAGCCUUCUCAUGCCCUUUGUAUCCUUCCCUCUGCUCCUCUCCUGCUGGGUCAUGUGGUAGGUGCAUGCUUCACUUUUUAAGAAACUGCCAAACUGUUUCCAAAGUGAUUGUUACUAGCUUACAUUCCACUGGCAGUGCGUGCAAGUUCUGGUUGCUCCACAUCCUUCCCAACAACUGGUAUGAUUCAGACAUUCUAAUAGGUGUAUAAGGGUACCUUGGUGUGUGUUUUUUUUUUAAUUCCCUUUUUUUUUUUGGCCAUGUCACACAGAUUGCGAGAUCUUAGUUCU